AUGCCCAAGUCGAAAAGAUCUAGAUUGGUGACCCUCUCGCAAACGGACAAGAAGGGCAAAGAGUCCAAAACCAAAUUGUUCGAUGACAUACGCUCAAGCUUAGACGAGUUCCGCUACUUGUGGAUACUUCAAAUGAACGAUAUUCGAACUCCCGUGCUCCAGGAUAUCCGAUCCGACUGGGGCGAGUCGUCAAAAUUAAUCUUGGGCAAGAAGAAAGUGAUGCAGAAGGCGUUGGGCGAGACGGUCGAAGAAGAAUACCAGGCUAACCUCGCUUCCAUCGCUAAGAUCCUCGCUAAGCAUGAUGGAUUGACACCGGGGAUUUUGUUCACUAACGAGGAGCCUCAGGUUGUUAAGGAUUAUUUCGCGGCGUAUAACAGGAAGGACUAUUCGCGCGUCAAGACUAAGGCCCCCAUCAGGUUUGAAGUGCCUGCUGGCGUGGUUUAUUCUCGAGGCGGGCAAAUUCCAGUUGAAGAGGAUGUUGUAAUGAGUCAUUCGCUCGAGGAGACGUUGCGGAAUAAGUAUAGGAUGCCUACCAAGAUCAAGUCGGGGAAGAUUGUGUUGGAGAAGCCGUAUCUUGUUUGCGAGGCUGGCGACGUUUUGGAUGUGAGACAGGCGUUGAUUUUGAAGCAGUUUGGUGUUGCGUUGAGCGAGUUUCGCGUUCCCUUGAUUGGGUUUUAUGAUAAGAGCAGUGGUGAGGCGCAAGCUUUGGAUUUGGAGGAAGUCGAUGCCGAAGUUGACGCUGAAUGA